CACGGUGUGUGUCGGGUGUCUCCUGGGAAAACAGCGUUUGGGGAGGGGGGAGGGAGGAUAAGUUUUUUUCUCCCCCACUACCCUCCCACCGGUCUGCCUGCAUAAUGAAUUGGCCGUUCACUUGACAUUCCACCAACAUGUGUGCGGUCCUCUAAUUGUGUGCGUCCAACAUUUCUCAGAAGAUGCAGCUUGGCUUGUUCGGCUCCAUUUAAAAAAAGCUGUAAUACAACAGGUUUUGAUAUUGUUUUGAGGAUAUCGGAUUUAGAAUAAUAAUGUUGAUGCUGACCGCACCAUGCUGUUGAUGUAAUGAUAAGAACGACAGGAAGAACGCCUACCAGACCCACGGAGGUCAAAGUUUGAGGCUUGUCUACUUGUCGAGCGAGCACACAGGAAAUACAGUAUCAUCGACUUUCAUCAGUUAGCGAUACCACAUCCUGCUCCACAAGACCAUGGCUUCGUUGUACAACUGAAAGUCUAUCGAGCGGCAAAAUUUCUACUACAUGAUUCUCAGCCUUGAAUUUUCCACCCUUUCUCUCUUUCUCUAAGAACGUUUCGGCCAUGUACAAAAGAUGAUGGACAAUAGACUCGCCAGUGUUAUUGCUGUUCGUGAGUCGUUUUCAGUUGUUUCAUUGUGAUGCAACUGGCAAGCCUGGACUUUAUUGGUGAUGACAGUAAAUAAAUGAUCAAUACUGGCAUCAGGAAGAUCAGGUUACAAUAGUGUAUGAGUGAGGAGGCAUUGUGCCAAGUCAAGAUCGUGCCACUGAAGGACAUGCUCAUUGAUGUGCCGGCCUGUGAACUCUGAACUUUGGAUCAGCACGUGCUAAGAGUAAGUGUUUGUGAAUCUACGUCCCCUAUCCGGGAAGAGUUCGAUUCACAAGCCAGGACACUUUCUAACACAUAAUCGACUUUCUCCACGGAAGAUCUGUUCGACCAUCCAUCCGGGACACUUACUUUGUUGUAUCUUGAAAUCAAGUGUCUUUUCUCUUCAUAAGUGUCAGACCAGAUGUUCGGACACUGUCUUUUGCGAGGCGAAUAUUCGUUCUUGAGCGAACGAGAACGUUCUUGUAACUCCAGACAUAAAAAUAGAAAAUACAUAAGCAGAGCAUCGCCAGUAGUCAGCCAAGUAUUUGAGCAGUCACCCCCAUUAGUUGUUUUUUUUCCCUCCCUCUGUUAGCUGGAUGACUUCGGGCCUGUGAUAAUGCGAGGAAGCUGGAAGUGGUUCAACAGAUCACGCAGACCGGUCAUCAUCUUGAGUCUUCUGGCUGUGGUCGGCUCGGUACUGAAGCUGCUGUACGAAUUCAACAGCGCUGCAGCAGUGCAGCAUUCGCAUAACGGUUUGUUUACCAGAAAGCAGCGUCUGAAAACAUCCACUCUGGUCGUAAGCUCUGGUCCAGCAUCAGACCUCCCAGAAUACCGUCCGUGCAGCGGCCGGCCCUGCUCUAACCUCCAGCAUUUAAGCAGAAACGAAUGGGUUUCAGAGGUCAAUGGUUCGGCAUCCAUUCCCAGAAUGCCGGGUCAAAGGUUUUCAGCAGCUCACGUGGCUGAACUUGGUGUGGUUUCACAGUCGUCUGUCGUGUCGUCUUGGCCACCCAGGACAAGCAAGAUCGACUGGGACCCUUUCUUGGUUGUCGUCGUGUGCUCGAAACCAGAAAACACUCAGCUGCGCCUGGCUGUUCGACGGACGUGGGGCUUGAACCUCGACAGCGCCAAGGUUCUGGUCCGGUUCUUCGUCGGCCAAGACGACGGCUGGGACAGCAUCAUCGCCAGAGAGCAGGAGCUGCACAGCGAUGUCAUCAAAACUGACCUGGCCGACACCUACUUCAACUUGUCGCGCAAAGUUCUGAGCGCCCUCUCGUGGUCCGCGCGGAACGCCCCGCGCGCGCGCUACGUCAUGAAGACGGACGACGACACCUACGUCAACGUGCCGUACCUACUGCACGCGCUGCGCAGCCACGCGCUGGGGGACGACUACAGCAUCGCGGGGGCCGUGUGCGUCAACUCUUCCGUCGUGCGGGACCCCGCCGACAAGUGGUUCGUCACCUACCUGGACUACCCGAGCGACGUCUACCCGACCUACGUCUUCGGAGGCGGCUACGUGAUGAGCGUGACGGCGGCCAGAGCCAUCCUGCUCGCCAGCCGCAACUCGGACUACCUGCACCUGGAGGACGUCUACGUCACCGGCAUUCUCGCAAAGCGUGCCGGGAUACGCCGUGUGGCUCACGAGGGUUUUUCUUUCUGGAUGUCCAAGCGUCCGUCACCUUGUGAGAUGGCGAUCAACUCGCGUGUGACGGCUGUGAAUUUGACAGCAAACGAGUUUUACAAGCUGUAUUCGGAAAUUCAUCUCAUUUUACGUACAGGUAACUGGACGGCGUGCUACCAAGAAAGAGGCCAUGACUAGCAACAAAUCAUGUACACAUUCUGCAGCAUCACACAUCACUAGACACUACAAGGAUGGUUGACACACACACA